AUGUCGCGGCCCGUUGCAUCGAGGUUACACGUCGUUGCUUCCUGGAAGCUGAGAAGCGAAGCAGGGAAGGACGAACCCGGACUACGGAAACUGCUGGGCCAUAUAUCGUUAUUCGAUCAGACUAUGGCGUACUCCAGACCGGAGAUACAAUCUACACAAUUAUCCGAAGAGGUUAACGAACUCUCUACCUAUCUUCACCACCCUGUACCGUCUUUCAAAGAUUUCCAGGCUGCGAUAGAAAUGCAACUCGCAACGAUGGCUGAGAUCAAGGCGUCGGCCGCACGAUUGGACGCCGAGGAAUACAACAGUGAUGAAGAGGAGGACGAACAUGAUAGUGACUACGAUAGUUACGAUGGCGAGUGGAGUGACACUGCAGCCGAAAGCGACGAUAGCAACACAGAUUAUGAAGGGUCAGAUGGCCAAUGGUCAGCGUGCAGUAGUCCAACAUCCUGUACAGGGGACAUUCCUAACAAGGAGGACGAGGAUGACGAAGGCUUAUGGGCUAUACGUCCGCAGACAUCUGUCACGAGCCCGACAUCAAUACACUUCUGA